AUGGCGAAGACCAGAGGAGGCCUUUCCGGCUCCCCAUCCUCACCGACACCUCGACCACAUCGAGCCGCCAUGGGAGUCGCAGCUUCGCCACCUGUUCAGGCCCCGGCCAUUCCCCCAUCUGAGGGGGAAGCCCCUUCUCAGCGCCGAUACCCCACCAGGAGGCCACCCACGGACCCAAUGCCACCAGCCGAUCAAGCCACGAGCUCUGUUUCUCGGCCACCAGCGAAGAGAACCAAGUUCUCGGGUCCUGGAGAGCCAUCCCACGCACCUCAGCCAAAGCCACCUACAGAGGACUCUCGGAUUCCUGUGGGGAUUACUCCUGAGACCGUUAUCAGGCGUCCCAUGAUAACCGGACCACCGAUAGAGGCCUACUUUGCACCCCAGGGAGCCCCAGUUGUGCCUGCACCUCCAGAGCUACCCCAAGAUGAGCAGAUGCCUCAGGCCCAGCAGGAUGAGAUUCUCACAGAGACCACACCUCCUGCCCCUGCAACACACCCCUCAGAGCAUAUUCCUGAGCCUAUACAUCCUAUUUCUCCUAUCACUUCGGAUCCACCAAACAAUGAUGAUGAAGAUGAAAUAGAUGAUAACCUUCAACAUGGUGGAGUGCAUGUGGAUGUAGAUUGUGAGAGUCUUGAUGAUCCUCUACGUCAACUAGUGAUUGAAGGGGGCGUGACCACUCAUUCUGGAAAACACAUUGUGAUUAUUGUGGGGAUCAUAGAGGUAAGAAAGAAUCAAGACUAG